GGGGCAGAUUUCACUACACUUGCUGUUAAAUUCUGCAUUCUUUGUGCCUACUAUCAGUGGUAUAUCCUUCUCCCCAAGCUUUGUUAACCUCCCCCGAGGUCUGAGAUGAUCGGAGCGUGUCAAGCCCCUAAACCUUAACGAGGCAAUUCUACCAGCAAGUGAUUUGUUUUUUCUAACACCUGGACAUCACUUUGAGCUUCUUAAUUGCUGUUUCGCGGACUAAGUCCCCCUUCUUGUCGAUUAGGCUUGAACAUAUACAAAGAUCAAACGUUAAAGACCACCCUUUAUUAAGAUAAUGUCACAUAUCCCUCAUGCCGCAAGAGCAGCCCCGCGCUCCCCUCAGCUCCCCCCUCAGCCCUUCGCGCCUCGGCCGCUCCCCGUCGCCGGAAGCUGCCUCACACGAAAUGGCGGGAGGGGCUGGGCGGCGACCUCCCCGCCUCUAAGAGCCCGCCGGACAGAGGUUCUGGCAGGGUGGUCUGAGGUGUUGUGAGGGCUCCUCGGCUGUCCGAACCCACCCCCUCAGGGCGGUUUGAAGUGCUGUGAGGGAGCCUCGGCUGUCCGAACCUAUCGCCUCAGGGCGGCAGGGACCUCCCUCCCCCGCGCCUCGACCCUCGUUUCCCCUCAGGCGCGCUCCGCCUGCCCGCCGGCUGCGGGCGCUGAGGAACCAUCCCCAGCGGGACGAACCCAGCAGGUUGGUAGAAAAUGGCGAGCAGCAAUGGCUGUUUUCGGGGUGCUAGGGUGCCCGCCUUUGACACCACACCAAAAAGGAUUUUGCCACCUGAGGGUUUCAGGCGGGCACUGAGGAAGAAACUCGAGGAGCCCGUGACUGCAGGGCUGAAUCCUCCACCUUCCGAGUGGCGCAGUCAACCAGAGGUGAUGCAAAAUCCAGGGGCACACGCACCCCCGUUGUCAGCACUUCCUUCACAGAAACACCUAAAGGAGUUGACUGCAAAAUAUAAAGAGGGAGCAAUAAACUCAGUGUCUGCCUUGCAUCUGUUUGCCCAAAUGCAUAACAUACAACUUCAGUUGAAAGAAACUAGUGUGGCAGGUGAUAUCAUCAGGCCUUAUUUUGCCUUUUGUGCUGUGGUAAAUGGUGUUUGCUACAAGACUGGGCUGGGAAAAAACAAGAAGGAAGCUAAAUUAAAUGCAGCUAAACUGGCUCUUGCUGAGCUACUUAGCUUGGAGAAUACAGAGGAAAACUCUGAAGAUUCAGAUUUUCCUGGUGUUCCUGCUGAGCUCCAAACUCCAGCAAACUCUGCUUGUGUUUCAAGGACCUGUGUUGGAGGACGGUCUAUAUAUCUGAAACUUUCACAAACACUGGAAGAAGUAUUUACCAGCCUGACUGCCCAGCACCCCGAGUACCAAAGCUGUGGGAGUUCACUGGCUGCCUUCAUCAUCGAGAAAGGUGGACAGCACGAGGUUGUGGCUCUGGGAACAGGGGAGUGUAAUUACAGCCGGCGCCUGGAGCCCUGCGGCAGAGUGUUGCACGACAGCCACGCCAUCGUCACUGCCAGGCGUUCCCUGCUUAGAUAUUUGUACAGACAUCUCUUGCUGUUCUAUAAUAAAAACCCAUCAAAGGCAGAGAGAUCCAUAUUUUGUACAGCACCAGGCUCCAAACUGCUCACCCUAAAGCAAAAUACAACUCUCUCUCUCUACAUGAACCAGCUUCCAAAAGGAACUGCUCAGUUAAAGUCAGAUUUACAUCUCACUCCACAAUCUGUAUCUGCUUACGAAGCCAGUGAACAACUGAGUCUCCAUGUUGCUCUGGAAGGCAGGAUUUACCUGGCUGUUUGUUGUCCCCCUAAAACUGUCCGAGUGAGCAGCAUGUCGGGCAGUGACAAGCUGACAAAAUGGGAGGUGGUUGGUCUUCAGGGAGCCUUGCUGAGUCACUUCAUUGAACCAGUGUAUAUCAACAAUAUUCUUGUGGGAAAUGGAAAUUGUAAGGAUACAAAAGGACUAGAAAUAACUAUAAAGAAGCGUCUUGAUGAUGAACUUGUAUCAAAGCUUCCCAUGCCUUACCUGGUCAACAGAUCUCAUAUUUACUUGGUGAAAGCUGCACAGCCCGUUCAAACAGAUUUAAGCCAGCGGUCUCUUAGUCUGAAUUGGACGUUGACAGAUGCAUCCGUGGAGGUUGUGGAUGGGAUAAGUGGAAAAACCAUUGAAAGCUCCCCGUUCCGGAGCAGCACCUGCAUGGCCAGCCGCCUCUGCAAGGCCGCCAUGUUCAGUCGCUUCAGGCUGCUCUCCAAGGAAGCGGGACGGAGUGAUCUGCUUCGGAUUGCAACCUACCACGAAGCCAAGGCUGAAUCUCAACUGUACCAAGAAGCUAAAAGCUUGCUGCAGACCUACUUAGAGCAGCACAGCUAUGGAUCCUGGAUCAUGAAGUCUCCACAUAUUGAACAGUUCAGUAACUGACUGGGAGGUGGAUUGUGUGUGAAGUCAGUUUGGAACAUCUAUUUCAGUAGACUAAUAGUUCUGAUUAGUAAAAUGUUUAAUUGUAAGUUUGUAUUCAGAGGAAGAAAAUCAUUCCAGAACUGUUUCUUUUCAGUUUAAAUGCAGUUGUGAAAUCAUCUGUAACAGUUCAGUCUAUUCCUAAAGUUGAUGUUUUUUCAGAGGUAGGAGUAUCCAACAGUUUUGUAAUUUCAGCUCCCUCACCCCCACUCACACAAUCCCACCUCAUGGAGUCACUAACAUGUUUUUUUCCUAAUUGUUUCAGAAUUUCUGUAUACUGAUUUCUUCUUUUCCCCUACCUUUUUCAUAUAUUUCUUUCAAGAAAGAAAAAAAUACCAGUAAAGGCUGGAUUUUGUAAAAAAGAAAAAAAAGCUUACCAAUGUGAAAAUCUGUUUCAGAAACAACAGUGAGCAGUUUGUGCUCUAUCUCUGUAGGCAUCCAUCCUUUGGUAGUUCUUCAAAGAGUAUUUUGUGUAGUGUGGGUUUGCCAAAUGGCUUUUAGUUUACCAUAUACUGUUUGUGGUAGAAGGGUUAAAAAGUAGUCUGUGUACUUGCAAAUGUGAAACUUCGAGUUACCAGCUGUCAAUCAAGUGUGAAGUGCCAAUCACUGGCUAUUGAUGGUGGAUUUAAAGUGUUCUACGGGUGUCAAAGCUGUAAGUAGGAAAAUAAUGUGAUGUGGUAUGGAAGUCACCAGAAACAAGGCUCCUUCAACCUUUCUGGACUGCCCCAGAACCCGUCAAUGUUAGUGCUUGUGGAUGAGUUGGACUCCUCCCCACCCUCAGAUGACUUCAUCACUGUGCUGACAAGUCCUCACAAAAUUUUCUGUGUACAUGAUGAUCUGAAAAACGGUACCCAUCAAGGGGGAAGUUGCUUCCUUGUGACUUCUGGUAAGAAUAUGGUAACGUUGGGAUAAAGUUGAAAAGGAUGUUAAAUGCCAUACUUGGGUUUUGUGUGGUGAUGUGAAAUACUACUGUGUUUAAACUACAUAAUACACUUCGAUUAUGUUACUUGAUUUUUGUGCAUCAUCCAAGUGUGGAAAGCUGUUACAGGAUUCUAAACAAACUCCUCUUUCUAGUAUUUCUUUUUCCUUAAUCUGAUUUUGUAACUAGUAUGUGGAGUUGCUUCUGAGAAUGAUCUUAUGCUGGACUUGUCAAGUUGUUGAAACUCACUGACUUGCUACUACUUGGUUCUUGGCCUUUUUGUUUUCGCUAAUUUGAUCUUUGGUUUUCUGUAACUAUCCUUUAACUUGGGAGGUUGUGUGGUGGUGUUUGUUUUGUUUGUGGCACUUAACUCCUCAUGCUCUUUGCUCCAUGUAAUGUGUGUUUUUCUAAGAAUGCUGGAGAAUGACCAUCAUA